CUUUCCAACUAAUGGAGAUUAUACGGCUUGAAUGAAACCGCAGCAACAUGAAAAGAAGUUGGCCAUUGAAAAUUGUGUCCGAUCUUUCAUCAUCAAAUCAAUCCAUGCCAUCGUACAGGCACGAAACGGCAUUGUUUACAACACCAACUGCAUCUCGGCGGUGGGGGCUCGAAACAAUCUCAUGGUCAAUAUUGAGGAGGACCCCGAGAUUGGUGCCACCAUCAAGCAAACUCUUGAUGCCGGGUUCCCAGUUCGUGUAAGGGAUGUUCUAAGCUUGGAGAUACUGACCGCCUGGCCAACCGGCGAACGCAUGGUCGUUGAAGUGUGGCGUUUUCGACUGGACACUGCCGACCGACUUAAUGUCUCCUCGGAGGAUGAUCAGUCAUCUCAAGCAUCUCCCAGUACUGAACAAGCGACUGCCUCAGGUACCACUACCGAUAUGGUUCAAACAAAUGAGGUUGCUGUGGAGGACCUUCGUCAAUCACGACUCUUUGAAAAGUUAGGCACCUUAUUGAAGGCGGUCAUUGUUGCAACACGGCUAUUACCGGCCUAUCGUUUGUCGCGCAGUCAAGACCCAUCAAAGUACCAGAUGUGCUACACACUGAGGCGCGGAUUGACGAACCUGUCGCGCUUAGGACCGAAUGCCAUGUGUCAACAAAUUGGUCGUCUGUUUUCCGGAUUGGCCGUCAGCCCAGUAAACAGUGAGGGUGCAGCGUCACAAGACACCCCCGAUUCAGCUGGACUCGUCUUCCUCAGUUGCACAGUGCAUUAUCGACCUACUUUCCCACCGUUCUCUGAAAUGGAGGCAAGGAUACGGACAAAGUCAGCACUGUUCUCCGACGAGGCGCCAGGUUCGGACGCGAAUCAGAACACCAAAAGGCCCAACCGCUUUUCACUCCCCUGCAAACCGCGUUCUCCAUUCGAUCCCUCCAGCUCGGAACUCGGUCACGCGAAUCGGCCUUUCUCUCGCGUACGGCCGGCGUUCUCCGACCACCACGUCGAUGAUCAUCUUGACGAAGAGAUUCAAUCUCAUGAAGCCCUCUUUCCUCCGGACUAUGGAUCCCCUCAUCGCCAAACGCACUUUUUUAACCUCUGGCCCAACGAGAAUGAAGUUGCUGUCGGAAAGGAGGAAGAUGAUUACCUGGGUCAAAACGAAGAACAUGAACAUUGCGACCGGUAUGUCAGUGAUCUCAACGAUACAAUUCAUCCGAAGUACCAGUCCAAUAAAACUCCAGAGGAUGAAGAGGCAGUUGAUCAUGCUACCAACACGAAUACUCCGCUUCAGCUACCAUUCAGCACUGUGGGAGUGAGCGGGGAUCGGUUGACGCAUCUAUUCGUGGAACUUCGUGAACGGGCCGAUUUGGAUUUAUUCCGAGUCCCUCUUAGCAAUCUUGGUUCCGGCGAUGCAUGCCCUUCCUCCCAAGUGCAAUCUUCUUUGUUUGAUGCCGAUGCUCUCAGUGACGAAUUGGAACGGCACGAAAAAAUCCUAAAGGAGUUUGACGACUUCGUGGUCGGCUUUUGCCACCUAGAAUCCUUUGGUCCCGAGAUUCGUCCUCUGGCUCCGAAUCCGCUAGCCACCGCCCUUCCAACCCACUACAAAACUGAGCAGUAGUAGACACCACCUUUACAUUCUUCCUCCUUGGAAGAUUCGACGUUCACCUUUGGGCAAAAAUGUGGCGUUUUCUGCAAUCAGUUGUCGCACUUUGCUUUCAAAUAGGGUGAAUUCAUGGUUUUAUUCCCCCAGAGCAUUCGCAUUCAUCAUUGCAUCAUUUUUGUGCGUUUCACACUGUGAUGUCGAGCAUUACCCAAAAUAUCUGUGUUUGCAGCUUUUCCAGUGUUUGUUUGUUGGUAUAUUGGCUGAGUAUUCUCUGUGCUAGACAAACAACUGGAUUGUUGACUUCUCACUUGGAAUCACAUGAACACUUACUUGAAUUAGUUGAUGUCAUUUUUUACCUUUCAUUUUCGAAGGAACGGACAUUACCCAGAUAAUGGUAGUUAAAUCUCUCCCUUGUCGUGAUAAAUUGUUUGUUUCUACUUUGCUACUUGUUCUUCCAAGGCUUUUCAUUGCACCAAACCACAAAUUUCGAGAGCAGCUGGAUUUUUGCAGCAUGGGCAUCACUUCCUUUACCUUUCAGGUUACAUUUACUACUCGCGUAUUGGAGAGUAGUAUGAUUAUUUACCUAAAUCACCUGACCGAUGCUUGCAUUUACUAGUCAACGAUUAUGUCGCGCGUUGCGCAUAUUUCAAGAUGUGCUGCUUGUCUGAAGACAUCAAUGUGAAUUAGAUCCAGCACUCUACCGUGAUAUGCUCCAUGCGGUGCUGGUUGAACGCAUAGUCCCGUUGCUUUCCCUUUCGUUCCACUAAUGCAAGUGGUUAUUCGGUUGAUUUUGUAUUCUUACACGCAUUAACCCAAUGCUGUGUGCCGCUGUUUUCCCAUCUGUUCCCCCUCCCUUGUUGUUACUCAUGUUACUUGGACUUUCUCUUUGUAGCAUUAAGUCUAUUGUUUCAUUCGACACCUUCUUAUUUGGCCAUUUCUUUCGGCCUAUUUCACAACAGCAUACACCACACAUUGGACACAAACAAUUCCAGUACCAUUCAUUCCACACUACUGUUCGUUAGUCUUAUUGUGAGAAGCGCUCUCAUUUGACACUCAUUGACAUGUUAUGCGUUGGCUUGUAAUACAAGGUUCUUCAUUCUUUUUUAAGUUUGUACAAUUAAUUUUCUCUUCACACUGGUAGCGCACUUGAGUGGAGCUUCCUUCCACUGUUAUCUGUUGAUUUCUGCGACAACUUAUCUUUUGGUUAUCUAAGCAUCUUUCAGUGAACUUUACUCCUUCAGUGUAUAUUAGCACAGUCUGAAUUUGCUUUUUCCCGCAGGAUCUGAAAUUCAAUUUUUCGCUCCGUAGUGUGCGGCUUCUAGUC